AUGGCGGCGGAGGCCGCGGGCCCGGCGGGGCCCGGCAGCGGCGGCGGGACGGGCCUGACGGACCUGCCGGGCGAGCUGCUGGAGCUCAUCCUCUGCUGCGACGUGCUGGGCGCCGCCGACAUCGGCCGCGUGUCCUGCACCUGCCGCCGGCUGCGUGAGGCGUGCCAGCCCCGCGGCAAGGUGUGGCGGGAGCGCUUCCGCCUCAGGUGGCCAUCCCUGCUGAAGUACUACAGCCACAGUGACAGUGUCAGCUGGCUGGAAGAGUACAAGGCGCGGCACAAUGCGGGGCUGGAGGCACAGAGGAUUGUGGCUUCCUUCUCCAAAAGGUUCUUCUCAGAACAUGUCCCCUGUGAUGGAUUCAGUGACAUUGAGACUCUGGGCUGCCCCAGCCAUUUCUUUGAGGAUGAGCUGAUGUGUAUCCUCAACAUGGAAGGAAGGAAAGGUCUCACCUGGAAGUACUAUGCAAAGAAAAUUCUCUAUUUCCUACGGCAGCAGAAUAUAUUAAAGAACCUGAAGGAGUAUCUGCAGCGCCCCACGGAGCGACAGUCCUUUCUGGAGGGUGCUGUUUUGAUUGAUCAAUAUUGUAACCCCCUGUCAGACAUCUGCCUGAAGAGUGUCCAGGCUCAGGUGGACGAUAUCACAGACAAAGUGCGCAAAGUGCUGCGGACCAAGAACCCCAGGCACCCCAGCUUGGCUUCCAAGGCAGGAGAGGUUCUCAUUCCAGAAGUGGAACUUCAGAGGCAGGUGCUUGAUGCCAUGAACUGUGUCCUGUAUGAGCAGCUGAAGUACAAAGGAAAUGAGCUGGAUUACUACAACUCCCUGAAUUCCUACAUUCACCAGGUUUUGAUCCGCAGGACAGGCAUUCCCAUCAGUUUGUCUGUGCUUUAUUUAACCAUUGCCAGGCAGCUGGGAGUCAAACUGGAGCCUGUCAACUUUCCCAGCCACUUCCUCCUGCGAUGGUGUCAAGGGAAAGAAGGAAGCACAGAUAUUUUUGACUACACCUACAUCGAUGCCUUUGGGAAGGGGAAGCAGCUGACAGUGAAGGAGUGUGAGUACCUGAUCGGGCACCACGUGACAGAGGAGUUCUAUGGGGUGGUGACCUCCAAGGAGGUGCUGCAGCGCAUGGUGGGGAACCUGCUGAACCUUGGCAAGAGAGAGAGCACUGACCAGUCCUACCAGCUCCUGAGAGACUCCCUGGACCUGUACCUGGCCAUGUACCCAGACAAUGUGCAGCACCUCAUGCUCCAGGCCAGGCUGUACUUCCACCUGGGAAUCUGGCCAGAAAAGGUCCUGGACAUCCUGCAGCACAUCCAGGCCCUGGAUCCCUCCCAGCACGGGGCUGUGGGGUACCUGGUGCAGCACACCCUGGAGCACAUCGAGCGGCGCAAGGAGGAGCUGGGCCCCGAGGUCAAGCACCGCUCCGAUGAGAAGCACAAGGAGGUUUGCUUCUCCAUUGGGCUCAUCAUGAAACACAAGAGGUAUGGCUACAACUGUGUGAUUUAUGGCUGGGAUCCUGCCUGCAUGAUGGGCCAUGAGUGGAUCCGGAACAUGAACGUGCACAGCCUCCCCCACGGCCCCCACCAGCCCUUCUACAACGUCCUGGUGGAGGAUGGCUCCUGCAGAUACGCUGCCCAAGAGAACCUGGAGUACAACUCUGAGCCUCGGGAGAUCCCUCACCCCGACAUCGGCCGCUAUUUCUCCGAGUUCACCGGCCUUCACUACCUGGCAAAUACCGAGCUGGAAAUUCGGUACCCAGAGGAUUUGGAGCUCACCCGAGCCACAGUGCAGAAGAUUUACAGCUCAGGCAAGGAGUGAGUGCCAAAGGCAGCCUGGGGACAGAAGCAGCUGGAGUGUAGCUUUACCCUCUUUGCAAAACUUGCGUGGGAAGCAAGUUUGGUGACAAUCCUUUGGCUUAAUGCAUUGAAAACUGCAUUGAACUUGGAAACUGGUGCUACAGCAUCUUCCCGUUGUCUGCCUGCCCAUCCUGGCCCAGAGGCACAGGGACACUUUGGUACUUGAGACCCAGCAAGGAGGAUCUUGCAGGGAUAGCUGUGCCAGGAGUGCUGUCCUCGGGAAGGAUCUGCACAUUCUACUCCUUCUGUGGUGGCCUUAGAAGGUCAACAGAGUGAGAUCCUGGUGUGGAAUAUGGAGGAACCCCCUCUUCCAGAGAAGGAAGAUGCUUGUCUGGCAGUAUUUUCGUUUGGCCGUGUCUGUCUGGUUUGGUUUGAGUGUCUGUCCCAUGCAGGCAAUAGUUUUUAAAGUCUCUCACGUUUCACUGUCUUCUCCAGUCUGAAUUUUUGGGUCAGGUAUUGCUUCACCUCUGUAGUCUGAUUGUUCCUAGAGCUACUGUUCCAAUCCUGAAUAUCCUUCUGGGCCUGGCAAUAUCCUUAUGGGCCUGGGAAGGAGCUCCAGCCACACAACCAGCAGCAGUGAGGCUCAAGGAGUGGUGAGCAGUGCUGCCCCGGGGCCAGGUGGCCACCUCACCCAUGGCAGAGACUCCAAAAGCAGAGGAGGAGCUCCUGGCCCUUUUCCAGCUCGUGUCCUGACCUUGUUUUUGGGUCUGUCCAUCGUGUGUGUCCAAGGUGGGAUCCAUGGCACAGCCAUGAGUGUUCCCAGGAGGAUUUGGAACCUCGUGGGGAUGUUUGGUGGGACCUUGAGGGCAGCACCUGAGUGACUUCAAAGGACACAGAGCUGCCAUUUGCUGCCAUCUCCAAUUUUAUUUUCCAAUAGGUAUUUAUGCAAUACAGUGGAAUGAUGACUGGAACCUGGCCAUCCCUGGAGUCAGCCAAACCAUUAUGGAAGCAAGAUGUUAAUUCCUGCAGCUUGAGGCCUUCUUCUUUCUUGCCAAAAGAAAACGGAUUCUAGGGGAGCUCAGACUUGGCUGCCUGCAAGGGAAGAGCUUUAGCAGCUCGAGGCACAUGACUUUUAACCUUGACUUAAAGGCCCAGACAGAACCACUGCAGAAGAGGUUCCCCUCUGGGCUCAGGGGCUGUGGGGUGCAGAGUGACACAGUGUUUGUGCAUAUCUUUGUGGUUUCUGAAGCAAUGUGUGUAGAGUAGCUGCAGCUUGUGUCUCCUGUCACUGUCCACUUGCAGCACAGUAAUUCUUCUCUCUGAGCUGACAAUUAGGGCCCUGUAGAGGUAGGUGGAUGCUCUUAGUCUCUUAUGCACUACAGGUAUCUCCAUGUGGAAUCACAGCCCUCCUCUCCAGCAAUGCCUGCCCUGCAUGUCACCUCCUGCAACCCUGAGCACUGGUUUGCUGUGGAAAUAAAUGCUGAGAGCCCAGCACUUUGGUGGUGGUGGUCUGCAGGGAUCUGGGGCUCCAGGAAGAGCAGCUUCUGGGGAGAGUGUGAGGAGGGCUCUGCUCCAAGCAGAACUCUGCCUUUAAAGAGUCAGAAUCCCAGAAUGGUUUGGGCUGGAAGGGACCUUAGAGCUCCUCUUGUUCCAUGGGCAGGGACACCUCACUACCCCAGGUCUGUGCCAACACAGCUUGGAGGGAAGGAGGAGUUUCCAUUGUGAGGCAGGGUGGGGAAUCCUCGGGCAAAAAUCCAUCUCUCAUUCUUUAGGAUUGGGGUAGAGCAGCCCUCCAACCUGUUUUGAAAGCAGAUCCCAAAAGAUUCUUGGCAGGGAUGCAAGGUUGGAAUGGGGAUGGUGAGUGCCAGGAUAGCUGAGAAGGGGCAGAGCAGGGCUUGGGCUCCCCAUUGCCAUUCCCAGCUGUCAGCAGGAUUCCUGGGAUUUUGUGCUCCCUUCUGUUGACACCUGGGCCUCUCUCCAGUGUAUCCAGGGAAUUACAGAGCUCACAGGAGCCCUCAGCACAAAGCUGCCUGGGGUACAGCUGUGCCAUGAGAGAGCCACAGGAGCCAACAGCAAGCACCCAGAGCUUCCCUGAGAGCUGGCCAGUGCUUAGCAGCACACCUGGAGAGCUGCUGGGUGCUUCAGGGGUGCCAGGGCAACCAGCAGGGCCCUUGUCCCUCUUUUGGGGCCACUCUGCUCAUACCCUGAGAAGAGCCUGGCCAGGCUCUUGCUCACCACAGACUGGUGUGGCUGGGACAGGCUUGGGUACUUAGGGCAGCCCAGCAGCCCUGGAACUAAAUCCUCAUCCCUCUAGCAGGAGUUUUUGGAGGAGCUGUGACCUCAGAUAGCUCUGGGUGCUGCCCACAUCCAUGCCCAGGCUGUGGGUGUUGGGGUCACCCAGAGCACCAACACAGCCAAAUUUGGAAAAGAUUGGGAUGUUUCAAUGUUUUAUCCACACAACCUCAGCCCUGGGACCAAGUCAGACUUUGGGAUUUGAGACAUACCCAAAGGGAAUGGUGACUACACCCAUUUGGUAAGGAUGUCCCCACUGCCUCCAGUGCUGCUUGCCCUGGGUGGAGUCUUUGGUCCUGGUGAGAAGAAACUCCCCUGCUGCUGUGGGAGGCCUCAGCCCAGCAUCCAGGGUGGCCAGGGAAAGCUGGAAACCCCCCAGGGUAUAUCCAGGGAAAGCUGGAAACCCCCCAGGGUAUAUCCAGGGAAAGCUGGAACCCCCCCCAGGAUACCUCUGAGUCCAUACUGGAGUAGCCUCUUGGAAUGCACCUGGGUUCCCACAUCCACAGCCCAGCACUGUGGGAACCCCUCAGUGGCACAGUGGGGUGACAUUUGGGGUUUACCUGUGCCCUCCUCCCCUCCUGGCAGUGCAGGCACAGUCACCUUUUCCCCAGGAAGGCAGCAGUGGAUCCCAAAAGCUCCUGUGUCUGUGGGUAAUGUCUGGGUCCAUGGUGUCUGUGCUGGUGGUCCCUGGGGAUUUGUCCUGUCCUGUCUGUGUGGAGCUCUCCCUGGAAGGGUUGUGGGGCCUUCUGGAGAAGGUGGAAUUGCCUCCCUUCUCUCCCACCAGGUGCAAAGCCUGUGCAGUGCCAAAGUCCUUGGGAGCAGGGGGUGAAUUCCCUGCAGUUCUCCCUUCCCUUUCCAUGUCCUGGGGACAGAGCAGCCCCGGUGCUCUCGUGUUAAAAUCCAGAGGGUGAAGGAAAAAAUGCAGAGUGGGGGAAGGGGCAGGAGUGAGGAGUUCUCACUGUCUGGAUCGUAAGGAGAAGCUGGGGCUGGUUCCAAGCUUUGCCCACUGGGUGUUGGCACUCAGGGCUGUUCCAGGCAGUGCCAUUCCCAGGCUUCCUGGGGCAGGGGGUGAGUGCUGUGGGCAGCAGCAUCCCUGGGAGGUUUGUCCACCCUUGGAGGCUGAGGUCUCCCUGUGCUGCUGCUCCAGGCCAGGCUGAGGAGCUGCUGGUGCCCUCCAGCAGCAGAGGGGCAGGGAUGCACAGCUCCAGCUCCUGGAUCUUUUCGGGAAGCACUUCCAGCCCCUUUGGAUCCAUCCUGCCAUGCAGGACACACAGAGCACCGACACAGCCUUGGGCAGGGAGUGAAGCCUGACAAACCACGGGAGUUUAUCUCCAGUCUUGGCAGGAAAACCAAACCCCAGGAGCCCUCCCUGGGGCCAGGGAGAGCUGUGUCCUCUGGGGCAGGAGCAUGAGAGGAGGAAAGGGCUGCUCUGGGCUGGAGAAGGGUCCCUGGGAUCUCCUGGUUCCUCCCAGGCCACCUCCACCUGCACACGAGCUGGCUCCAGGUACUGUCCUGACCCAUUCUGGGCAUCUCCAGGGCUAUCCCAGCUCCGUGGGCCCUGCCUGCCUCCCUGCUGGCUCUUCCCCCAGAGGAUGGGGGACGCGGGGCCUGUCAGCAGGGACAGAGUGCUGCAUGUAUUUCCCUCCUCCUCCUCCUGCCUGGAAGUGCCUGGGCUGGGCAAAAUUCCACAUUGGAUGGAAAACUGCUGGCCCAGGAGUGGAGGGUGAGGAGCCCUGAGCCCCAGGGCCCCUGACACU